AUGCGUGUAGCUGCAGUACUGCAAAUACAAGUGGUGAAAGACAACAUCUAUAAACAGGCGGAAAAUGCUAACCUGACCACAUCUGUUGCCUUGUCCCCAUCAGAGCUCAACAGCCCAACAUCAGCACCCAGUUCAGAGAAGCAGAGCCCCAUGGCCCAGCAGCACAGCCCUCUGGCCCAGCAGAGCCCUCUGGCCCAGCAGAGCCCAGCCGCCCCCAACAGCCCGGUUUCACAGCCAGCUCCUCCUCAACCUCUCCAGCUGCAAGGACAUGAAAAUAGUUACAGGUCAGAAGUAAAAGCAAGGCAAGAUGUGAAACCAGACAUCCGGCAGCCUCCCUUCACAGACUACAGGCAGCCCCCACUGGACUACUCACAGCCCCCACCCUUGGACUACAGGCAGCACUCCCCAGACACCAGGCAGUACCCUCUGUCAGACUACCGGCAGCCACAGGAUUUUGAUUAUUUCACUGUGGACAUGGAGAAAGGAGCCAAAGGCUUUGGAUUCAGCAUUCGUGGAGGAAGGGAAUACAAGAUGGAUCUGUACGUGUUGAGACUGGCAGAGGAUGGACCAGCCAUAAGGAACGGCAGGAUGAGGGUAGGAGAUCAGAUCAUUGAAAUAAAUGGGGAAAGCACACGAGACAUGACCCACGCCAGAGCAAUAGAACUCAUCAAGUCUGGAGGAAGAAGAGUGCGGCUGCUGCUGAAGAGAGGCACGGGGCAGGUCCCGGAGUAUGACGAACCCCACGCCUGGAGUGCUGCCGCUGCCGCCGCCCCAGGCCUGCCGGAAGUAGGCGUCUCCCUCGAAGACAUCCUCUCUCCAUUCUCUCCAUCACAUCCAGCCCCACCCUCCGACCCUUCCCACCAGAUAGGCCCAGACCCAACUUGGGAUAUCCAAAGGGAACACGACGUUAGGAAACCAAAGGAGCUUUCGGCCGGCGGCCAGAAGAAGCAGCGCCUGGGGGAGCAGAGGGAGCGCUCGGCGAGCCCGCAGCGCAGUGCGCGGCCCAGGCUGGAGGAGGGGCCCGGCGGCCAGGGGCGGCCCGAGGCCGGCAGGCCCGCCUCGGAGGCGGCCAACGGGAAGGAGGCGCUGCGCGGCCGGCGCGAGGGCCUCGGGGCCACGGGCGCGCGGGAGGCCGAGGCCAAGGUGGGCGUGCGCUCGGGGGCCCGACCGGCAGCACGGCCCACGGGGGGCGGCCCGGCGCGCAAGGCGGCGGUGGCGCCGGGGCCCUGGAAGGUGCCGGGCUCCGACAAGCUGCCGGGCGCCCUGCAGCCUGGCGCCUCGGCCGCGGGCAGAUGA